UAUCCCAAAGGUACGAAGUGGUGCGGUCCCGGUAACAUAGCAAAUAAACCAAGUGAUUUAGGACAACAUAAGAAGGUCGACGAAUGCUGCAGAGACCAUGAUCAUUGUCCGGGAGCUAUCCCACCCGGUGGAACGAGACAUAACUUAACUAAUAAAUCCAUAUUUGCAAGGUCUCCGUGUAAAUGUGAUCAAUCAUUACACCAAUGCCUCAGAUUCAUACACAACAUAUCGGCUAUGAAGUCCGGCUUGUGGUUCUACGAUGCUCUCGGUAUGAAAUGUUACAAGAAGGACUAUCCCGUUAUAAGUUGCAAGAAGAGAGGAGGGUGGUUGAAAAGCAAAUGCGUAGAAUAUGUGUUCAACACGACUGCGGAACAACGCUAUCAAUGGUUUGAUGUACCGAAUUACUAUCCAUAAAUUGGUCUAUAUUCUAUAUCUAUAUCUGUACUUAUAUUAUAAAGA